AUCACUUACAUAGAGCAAUAUAUUGGUAAGAUACUAUGUGCUGGAACAAUAUAGUGCAGUGAAUACCAAAACUUUUGAUAAUAUUCUGUAAAUUGGUAAGAAUCUUUGGAAUUUCGGAUUGCGUGUCAUUUUGGAAAAUAAAAACUAUGGAUAUAAGCAAACUAUUAGCGUAGUGGAUACUACGACAAUAUAUUAUUUAGUUAGUAAAUCUGUGAUACUUAGUAUCAGUGAACCAAUCUCCUUAAAGUGAAAUGGAACGUUACUGAGAACAUAAAUAGUAUUAUAUAACAAAGACUUUUCUAUCUCCGUUGCUUUGAUGUGUAAUCUAUGUAAAGAAACGUUGGUAGAAUUGCCAUAUAUAGUGCGUCAUUGUUGAGAUAAAUACUGUGAUUCAGCCACGGCUAUGACAUCACCGGUUCCCAGGACACCACCAACUCAGUUCGUUAUCCUGGUUAUCUUCAGCUUCGUUAUUCAAGGAGGUGUGGGUCAGCAGCAGAGGUUCAGUGUGUGUCCUGAGAGUGUGGAGGUGUCUGAAGGGGAUGACUGUCUUCCUGAGGUGCGUGGUGGAGCACCAGCAGGGCAAGGCUCAGUGGACCAAGGAUGGCUUCGCACUUGGGUUCGAGCGUGGUGUGCCCGGGUACCCACGGUACCAGUACGCGGGCGACCCCGAGCUGGGGGAACACCACCUGGUUAUCACUGGUGUCACACUCACUGAAGACGGCGAGUACCAGUGUCAGGUGGGACCUACUGACACCAGUCCACCCAUCUGGGCCGCUGCUAACCUCACCGAAAAUAUUAGGACACUUUAUUGGAAAAAAACGUCCUGGUGUUUUCAUUUUGAUUAUUUUUCAAUUGCCAGAAUAUACCCUAAUGUUGUAUCUGGCUGUAAUAUACUAGGAUAUACUCUUACAUGCCAUUCACCUGCUGUCUCCGUAGCAGAUUCUCAGGUAGAUCACGUGGAGCCUUCAACAUCACCUAGGAGGUGGAACGUGAGGAGUCAGGUGAAGGUGACAGCCAGACCAGGUGAUGAUGGACGAGCAGUCUCCUGCCAGGCGCUACACCCAACACUCCAGGACCUGCCCACUCCACUCGCUGCCUCCGUCACUCUUUCCGUUCUCCACCCACCAGGACCCCCUGUCAUCAGCGGCUACACCCAAGACGAGGUCCUCCUGGCCGGGGAGCGACGCUCCCUGUCGUGUCGGUCAACAGGGGGCAACCCUCGACCCUGGGUCCUCUGGUACCGCCAGGGACGACUUGUCGACGACACCACGACUACUGUGCGUGGCGGAGACGACCAGAGCAAGGAACAAGGAGUGGUGAACGAGCACGAGCUGGCGGUGACCCCGCAGGAGGAUAGUGCCCUCUAUGAGUGUCGAGUCACCAGUGACCUCCUUGAGACCCCUCUCACUGCCAACCUCACCCUCACUGUAUACUAUGCGCCUGCUACGGUAACCAUCAGUGGAGCCAGCCAAGUGGAGGCAGGUGGAGUGUUGAACCUUACCUGUGAGAGUAGUGAUUCCAACCCUCCAGCCUCACUCACCUGGACCAUCCAAGGAGAGGUGUUGGAGCGCAGCAAGGCGGUGGUGGGUCGUGAUGGGUCAGGUGGGUGGGUCACCUCGUCCCACCUCACCCACCUUACACCCACACCUACCAACCUCACCCACCUCACCGUAGAAUGUCGGGCGCUCAACCCAGCCAUUGAGAGAGUCGUCAGGAAGGUCACUACUGUCACUAUUAUAAGACCUGCAGGUCAUCCAGAGUUCGAGUGUGACUUGAGCGAGGCGCUGCUGGCAGGUACCAACUUUGACCUGACCUGUGUCAGUGUGGGAGGUCACCCGCCACCCACCAUCAGGGUGUACAAGGGAGAGGAGGAGGUGGCGACGGAGGUGAGCGUGGAUGUGGGCGUGGCACGGGCGCGGGCGGAGGUGGAGGUACGCCCGUCUGAUAAUGGGGUGGAUGUGAGGUGUGAGGCGGUGAACCCCGCCUCACCAAUACCCCUCACAACCUCCCACACCCUCUCUGUCCUCUUUGCACCGUGGGAGGUACGAGGUAGCGUCAAACCCAGUACGGUGGAGGCCGGAGAGGUUGUGACGCUACGAUGCGACGCUUCCUCCAGCAUCCCCCCUUCCAGCCUCACCUGGACCUCCCAGCAAGCUACCAUAGACGGUGCUAUCACCACCACCACCCCGGGCAUGUAUGGUGGUAGUGACACUAGGUCAGAGCUACACCUGUCAACUGCAGCUGAGGACAACGGCAGAAGUUUCACCUGUGAGGCGAGCAAUGGUCUGGGUGUUGCUGUGAACACUAACCUUGUUCUUAAUGUUCUCCACUCGCCACUGUGGGUGGUGCGACCAGCUGAGCAGCUGGACGUUCACGAGGGGACACAGCUGGUGAUCACCGCCUCAGCUACCGCCAACCCCGGCCCCAUCAGGUACUGGUGGAGGAGAGAAGAGGAGACGCUGGAGGCUACGGGAGGAGAGCUGAGGUUGGGUAGUGUCAGCAGGUCGGCUUCGGGUAACUACUCCGUCAGCGCCUACAACCCCAGGGGCGCUAUCAACGCUUCCUUCUUCCUUAAUAUACAGUAUGGCGCUGAACAAGUGGAGGCAGCGAGCGUGGGACCGUGGGUGGAGGGCGGGGCAGCUACCGUAAGUGCACCGCCCACGCCAACCCACCUCCCACACUCACUUGGACCAGGGACGCCCACAAUAGCCCAUCUCGCUCUCAAUCCGCCCACACGCCCACACACGCCUUUCAACCUCACCUUCGUGGAGGUCUCUGGCGGACACACAGCAGGCACCACUCUGGGUGGCCUUAGGCCAGCAGGAGAGUACUUCUUCAGUAUCAUGGCCAGGAACGACCAGGGCAACUCUGACUACCUCUCGCCUCCUCUACUAGUUACCCUCCUAGGUGUGUCAGGCAGCAACAGUAGCAGUAGCAGGUGGCGUGUUCCUCGUCUCAUUCUGUUGAUCAUGACGCUGACGGGAGCUGCUCUCCUGGUCCUCAACAUUGCCAUCAUUGCUUGCUUCGUCCGACGACGCUCCAUCGCCAGACGAUCCUCAGGUGGGAUGUCCCGCAAGGCAGGCGCCUCAGACACCCUGUGUAGCACCGUGGGCUCCGCCACACCUGGUCUCCAUCAUGAUAUCCUGUUCUCCCUCGCCACCGCCAACACUGCCAACUCCAGCACUCUCUCCAACACCCUCACAACCUACAAGCAGGAGGCACAGACGCUGGUGGACGAGUGUGAGAGGCGAGGCUCAGGGGUGUCAAGCACAGACAGGGGUCGUCCCAGUCUCGCCCUCCUUCAGAACGGAGCACUCGUCAGGAAGAACAGCCCCUCACCCCAGAACGGCGGCGGAACGGUGAAAACCGCCACGUCGAACGUACAACCAAGUGGCGGCAGUGGAUGUGGAAGGCAGAACGGCGGAGUACCGACACAGCAGACGAGAAUUAGUGCCCCAUCUCCUGCCACCACUCCCUUAAACGGUCACCUUCACCCUCCCACUAACCCUGAGGUGUGCUCACUAACCUCAAGUACCUACGACACCCACUCUCCCACACUCCCUCAGCAGCAGCUGCAGAGGAGAGACUCGGGAUCUCAACCAGCAGAUGACCAGGUAUCCCUAGCUUCCUACCACAGCACCCACUCCCGCACCUUCUCCCAGGGUUACGUCCGCCCACUGCCGCCCCCUGGCUGCCCAUACCACCCACCCUCACGCCCACAACCGCUUUGUCAGGGUAGCUCUUACUACCAGAGCCAACAGCAGAGUGAGAAGCAGCAACAGAGUAGACCCACGUACUCCAGCCUCAGCCCCUCCAGCUUGUACACACUCAGUACUGAGUACUACGAUGCUCACUGUACUCAGUCCUCCUCUUCUGGAGCGCCAAUGGGGUACGCUACGCUGGGUCCUCGGAGCAGGCGGACAUCCCCGUCUCAGUUCGCCACCCUACAGCGCUCCCGUCCCUCCCGAACCCCUGUCCUCAACACUCUGCAGAGCUCGGGACACCAGUGUGCCUCUCUCUCCAGGUGUCAGGGGAACGACUGCUGCCACCAGCACACCACUGACGACGAUGACGACCGACACAUCGUCAGCGCCUGCCCCACCCAUCACAUCACUGACCACCCCCGCCGCAGUAGCUUCCACGGACCCCUAUGGCGGGACACCCAGAGAUAUGAUAAUGUGGGGCCCGUGUCCUUCUCUCGCCUCCACCACCAACAACAACAGCAGCAGCACCACCACCAUCACCACCAGAGGCAGGAUAGCGCACCGUCAGGCUAUAACAUGAUGCAGCAACGUAGUACCGACUCUUUGCCAUAUGGUUUACCACAACGUCACAACAGCGUGUCAGGUGACUACAGCAUGACACAGCACACAGACUGCGAUUCGUCAGCCUAUAGCACAGCUCAAGAUAGCGUGGCACAGCACCAGGAGACCAAGACAUCAGAGUACAGCUCAGCACAGCGGCAUGACCCAAAACCCAGCAAAGUACUACAGACUCACUCCUUCAGCCACGCCUCCUGCGUCACCCACGGGAGCAGCUGUACCUCCCAUAGUAACCUAGCCAACGCCACCACCACGCCAGAGAGCCCCCACGACCUCACCACCACCUCCAGUCCCUCCCGCCGUAGAGAUGUCAACCUCCGGGGCAGCUCCUCCUUCCGAAGUAGCACCUCCAGUAAGGACUCGGCCGGGACCCUCCCCACCACCACCACUGCAGGUCGUCCCAAGGUCACCACCACCACCUCGAGUCGUCCUGGAGUGCCCACUGCAACCACUGCCAGUCGUCUGGGGACCCCCACCGCUAUGAGUCGUCACCGGGUCCUUACUACCACAGCGGGUCGUCUUGCUGUCUCCACUGCAGAUCGUCCCGGAGUCCCCACCACUAACGAUGGUCGUCCUGGAGUCCUCGCCGUCAAUGGGGGUCGUUCUGGGGUCCCCACCACCAACGAGGGUCGUUCUGGCGUACCCGCUACUAAUGGGGGUCGUUCUGGGGUUCCCACUACCCACGGGGGUCGUCCUGGAGUAUCUGCCACCAAUGGGGGUCGUCUUGGAGCCCCAACCAGUAACGAGGAUCGGCCUGGAAUUCCCACUACCAAUGGGGGUCGAUCUGGAGUCACUGCCACCAACGGGGGUCGUCCUGAAGUCCCUGCCACCAAUGGGGGUCGUCCUGGAGUCCCUGCAACCAACGGGGAUCGUCCUGGUGUCCCCGCCCAGAACGUGAGUCGCCCGAAAGUCACCAAUGAAGGUCAUCCUGCAGUCUCCACUACCAACGAGAAUCGUUCCGAAGUUCCCGCUGCCAGCGAGGGUCGUCCCGGAGUACCCACCACUAACGGGAGUCGUCCACGCUUUCCCCACGACUACGUGCGUCAGGGGUCAGCCAAGGGAAGGCCCUCCACCACCACCAUCACCUCACCACGAGCCACGAAGGAGGGCACCAACUUGACCAAUAACACAGACAAAAAUAACAAAGUAGCAUCCAGCUCCUCUUCGCCGCCAUCUUAAACACCACCACCAUGACUACCACCAACACCUCCUCCGUCAGGAGACAUAUGUAGGUUACUUAGAGGUAUUACUUCAAUAAUGGUAUAAGAUGCCGAUAAGUUAGUAUAUAAGAUACAUGUGCAACAUGAUGGUAUUCUUUAUUUC